AUGACUGCAUCGUAUAACGCCCUGCGGGAAACACCUCGCCGUCGUGGUAUUCCGUCAUCCACACACCGCGUGCUGCCCAAACUCGGACCUCUUGGCCUUGUAGGAGUCCGGAUGAGCAAGAAGCAGCUGACAGCAGGGGACCAGCUUGAACCCAACCGGCGUCUGGGUAACGCCGUUGACCUUGCCCUCGUUUACCAUCCCAAAGACGCGGUUCUUGGCAAAGUCCGGUCGAGGCCUUGUGGACGAGGUGUGUAUCCGACACCAGAGAGGUUAUGUCGAGGGGAUCGUCGACCGGCAUGGCUGCCAACUCGUCCACCUACUUGCAGGGAGUUGUUGUGCCCGUCGGUGGCCGGAGUCGAUGUGCAGGCAAAACAGGUGCGGGUGGUGAUUCGGCUCAAGUACGCCGGGCGUGACGACGAUGCCCUACGGAGUCGAACCGCCCAGGCCGAUGGGCGCCGUGAGCAAGAUGCCCGUCGCGCAGACCUCGUAGUGCGCCGAUGCGUCCUGGGCGAAGUGAAAGGCAAAGAUGUACUCGGAGCUGGUGACGGUGACGACGGCAUUCUGCGUCCGGAAACUGGUGUGCUUGCACAGGACGCCGUCGUCUUUUUAUGCUGA